AUGGUUGUACCGACAAUGGAUAAUUUACCACGUGUUCCAGACGCUCAUGGGGAUGUUAUCGACGAGAAGCUGUUUUCGGACCUGUAUAUACGAACUACUUGGGUGGACGCCCAAGUAGCCCUGGAUCAAAUCGAUAAGGGUAAAGCGAAAGGAAAUCGGACGGCAAUCUAUCUACGAUCAAUAUUCCAAUCACAUCUUCAAUCAUUAGGAUGUUCUGUACAAAAGCAUGCCGGCAAAGUAUUAUUUGUAGCUGUUUUGGUUUUAAGUACAUUUUGCGUAGGUCUUAAAAGUGCUCAAAUACACUCCAAAGUCAAUCAACUAUGGAUACAAGAGGGUGGACGAUUAGAAAAAGAAUUAAUUUAUACACAAAAAUCAAUCGGUGAAGUGGAAUCAUCGACACAUCAAUUAGUCAUACAAACAUCUCAUGAUCCGAAUGCAUCAGUUCUGCAUCCGCAGGCUUUACUGACGCAUCUAAAAGUACUGAAACAAGCGAUAUCUGUAACGAUACAAAAAGAUGAUUCAACGUGGAGUUUACGGGAUAUUUGUAAUAUUCCAACUAUUCCUAGUUUCGAAGAGCAUUUUAUCGAACAAAUUUUUGAUCAUAUUAUUCCGUGUUCAAUCAUGACACCACUCGAUUGCUUUUGGGAAGGCAGCAAACUUUUUGAGGAAGACUCGCCGGCACACAUACCUGGCCUAAACGAAAGAGUGAAAUGGACUUCCUUAAACCCAGUUCGCAUCGUACAACUUAUGAAAGAAAAAUUCAAAGAUCAGUUUCCAUUUGACAUAGUGGAACAAUACAUGAAACGUGCCGCCAUAACAACAGGCUACACUGAAAAGCCUUGUCUCAAUACAUCUGAUCCUUUAUGUCCAGAUACUGCGCCAAACAAGAACAGUACCCAACCUCCAGAUGUUGGUGCCAUACUAACAGGUGGCUGCUAUGGAUACGCAGCGAAAUACAUGCACUGGCCUGAGGAGCUGAUAGUGGGAGGUGUUGUAAGAAAUCGAACGGGCCACCUGAAAAAAGCCAAGGGUCUACAAACUGUUGUUCAACUGAUGACUGAAAAGGAGCUCUUCGACUCCUGGUCCGAUCAGUACAAAGUGCAUCACAUCAGUUGGACCCAAGAGAAGGCUGCUGAGAUUUUGAAUGAGUGGCAGAAAGCAUUCUCGAAUAAAGUGAAAUCUUUACUAAGCUCAUCGGAAUACAACGCAUAUGACAUUUUCAUAUUCUCUUCAGCGUCUUUGGAUGAUAUUCUAGAGAAAUUUUCGAACCCAAGUCCAAAGAGCAUAAUUAUCGGAAUCGGUGUAACUGCCAUUUACACGUAUAUAACGCUCCUUCGCUGGGGAGAUCCAAUCAAGGGACAGAGCAGCGUGGGAAUAGCAGGGGUACUACUAAUAGGCAUGUCAACUGCAGCCGGUCUAGGACUUUGUGCAUUGCUUGGAAUUGUUUUCAAUGCCGCCUCCACUCAAGUGGUCCCAUUCCUAGCUAUGGGGUUGGGUGUUGACCAUAUUUUCAUGUUAACUGCGGCUUAUGCAGAAAGUGACUCUUCGGAGAGAAUCAGAAAUAUUUUGAUGAAAGUUGGGCCGAGUAUCCUGUUCAGCGCUGCCACUACUGCAGGCUCCUUUUUUGCUGCAAUAUUCAUUCCUGUACCUGCUUUGAAAGUAUUUUGCAUCCAAGCGGCGGUUGUGGUAUGCUUCAAUUUAGCAGCGACUCUGUUCGUGUUUCCGGCUAUGAUAUCCUUGGAUCUAAGAAGGAGGUCUGCAGGACGUGCAGAUAUUCUGUGCUGUUGCUUUCCAAUCUACAAAGAGAAGUCAAACCUUAAUAACACGAUCCCAUGCAAUCGAGUUGGCAACAAUCUUCCCAAAGAAUCGGUGAACAACACACGACAAAAGGAGAAUCUCCUGACAGGCAACGAAUCAAAACGAAGUCCUGUUUCGAUAUCUCGUUUCACCUUCAAAUACUACGCUCAAUUUCUAAUGAAUGGAACGGUUAAAUUUUUCACGAUAAUUAUAUUCGGAGGUGCGAUUAUCUUCAGCUUUUUAACAUCGGCACAGCUACAGGACGGCCUGGAUCUAAUAGACUUAGUUCCAAAGGAUACCAAUGAAUACAAAUUUUUGAACGCUCAGAGCACCAUGUUCGGAUUCUACAACAUGUUUGCAGUAACGCAAGGAAAUUUUGAGUAUCCAAACAACCAAAAACUGAUCUAUGAAUAUCAUGAAGCAUUUGUACGAGUACCGCAUGUAAUAAAGAACGACAACGGUGGAUUACCAGAGUUUUGGUUGAGCCUAUUCCGAGACUGGCUAAUCAAUUUACAGACAAUUUUCGAUCGAGAAUACAAAGAUGACCGACUCAAUCAGGAAGGAUGGUUCAAAAAUGCGAGCAGUGACGCGAUUUUAGCUUAUAAACUUUUAGUGCAGACUGGCUACGUAGAUAAUCCAGUUGAUAAAAGUUUAAUAACGCAUAAUCGAUUAGUUAAUGAUGAUGGCAUCAUAAACCCGAAAGCAUUCUAUAAUUAUUUGUCGGCGUGGGCAUCCAAUGAUGUCUUUGCUUAUGGAGCGUCACAGGGCAAACUACGACCGGAACCACGGCAAUGGUACCAUGUACCGGCAGAAUACGAUUUGAAAAUUCCAAAAAGUCUACCGCUCGUAUAUACCCAACUACCCUUCUAUUUACACGGACUAACAGACACUACAGGCAUCAAAUCCCUAAUAGGACACAUUCGGGAUCUAAGUAUGAAGUUUGAAAUGAAAGGAUUGCCGAAUUAUCCUUCAGGAAUACCCUUUAUAUUCUGGGAACAAUACAUGACGCUGCGAUCAUCCUUGGCGUUAAUUUUGAGCGCUUGCAUCUUUGGAGCAUUUGUCCUAGUUUUCAUAUUGUUGCUUUCAUUAUGGGCAGCUAUCUUGGUUGUCCUCAACGUGUUAAUGUCGUUAAUACAAAUAUUUGGGGUAAUGGCUUUACUAGGCAUGAAGUUAUCAGCAAUUCCAGCCGUUAUACUGAUAUUGAGUGUAGGAUUGCUUGUCUGCAUCACAGUAAAUAUCGCAUUGGGUUUUAUGACGUCACUUGGAAGCAGGGAGAGGCGAGUAGCAUUGGCGCUUCAAAUAUCAAUGGGACCGCUCGUUCAUGGACUGCUUACAUUGACUCUUGCAGUAUUAAUUUUAUCUACCUCACCAUUCGAAUUCAUAGUUCGCCAUUUCUUCCACCUACUGCUAGCUGUGUUAGGAAUUGGAGCACUAAAUGGUCUAGUUCUGUUUCCUAUUAUUCUGAGCUUAGUUGGCCCAGAAGCAGAACUGAUACCACUGGAACAUGAAAAUCGCAUUUCAACCCCAUCACCGAUUCCACAUCGCAAUCGACGUGCCAAUAAAACAAUCAUCGUCAAUGGAAGGAGUUCACGUUGUGGCAAAUCUUCACAUAGUCAUAGUAAGAAUGUCAAUGUUAACAACGAGCCAUCACUAACGACAAUCACCGAAGAACCACAAUCAUGGAAGUCAUCGUCCUCAUCGAUUACCUCGAAUUUCGAUAAACCACAGAAUCAUCAUCACCAAAAUCACCAUCAUUAUCAACCGUCAUCGUCGAACAGCAGUAAUGGUGGAGGAGGGGGAGGAGUUGAGCUGCAAAGUAUCGUGGUACAACCUGAGGUCACAGUGGAAACCCAUCAAGUGGGCACGGACGCGAAUACCACAAAGGUCACAGCAACGGCGAAUAUUAAAGUCGAACUAGUUACGCCAGGACGAGCGCGAGCGAAUUACACCUAUUCAAGCUAGCGUUGACAAGAUAGAUAUUUUAAGUGAAUUCAUGUAAAUUAGAUAUUUAUUUAUAUCGUAGAAUUUUCACAUUCGAAGCCUGAUUUAGCCCAAAGUGUGCAUGCUCUUAUAAAAAUUAAUCAUACAUUUUUGCUCCUAUUUAACUGUAAAAAUAAGUUACAAAACCGGCCCCUGACCGAAUGUAGAAUCCUAUUCACUGAGAGCCGAUACAUAUAAUUCAUCACUUGAAAAGAUACAAUUCCCACCAGUAUAAAUUCGCCAAAGAAGCAGAUACGUUUCCUGUUACUCCCAGUUUCUAUCCAUUUACAAACGUCUUUCCGAUUAAUAUGAAGCAAUCCUUUUCAUAGUUUCAGUGCUGGCUUAAUGUCGGCACUCAUACGUAAUUUCAAAACUCAUUGCCUUGUAUCACACAUCUUGGGGCCGCUCCAAAAUUAUCCACACCAUCGAAUCACAGCCAUAUCAAUCCUCAACUUUUUCACUUUAACUCAUAGAAAGACUGAGCUUGGGUCAAAUUACUUUGCAUAUAAAACAAAGCUUAUCAGAUACAAACUGUUAUUUAUAAUAUUAUUUUUGUUUUUAUAUUAGAAUUCCAAUAGAAAUCGAAAACAAAGAAAAAAAUUUAGAUACGAGGUUAGACAAUUAAGUAAUGAAGCUCAUUCCAUAAAAACUUAUUCUACAACUCUGUCAUCUCCUUCAAAGUAGUCCCCUUGGACAGCUUUACAUGGAUUCCAGCGCGUUUUCCACUCUUCGUAACAUUUCUAGAACGAUUCGACUUGAAUUUCCGCAAGUACCCUCGUCACGGCUGCUGCGAUGUCCGUAUUUGACUCAAAAUGGAUUCCUUUGACAACCGAUUUUAUUCUAGGGAACAAAAAAAAGUCAGAGGGUGACAUAUCAUAUCGAUCAAGCAGCGUGGGAUCGUUUCCCACUUGUUCUAAACAGUCUUCCGCGAUGGUCAUUCGAUGCUGCUUUUGCUCCUCAGAAAGGUUCUUUGGAACCAUCUCCACUCCUGUGACAAGUUCUAAAAAGUCGCGGCGAGCGCCGGUGGCGUCAUCCAUCCGCUCGCAUUAACAACAUUCGAAAUAAAUUUCGCGGCGAGCAGUUC